AUGUAUCGGACGGAGUUUGUCAUUCCUUGGGUCCAGAUGCGGGCGAGGGAUGAGCAUACUCUGAGAGCGCGCAAGUUUUAUCCCGUGUUGGAGCCGUUCGCACCUCGUCAUUCGAUCUCGUACUUUAACAAUAAUAAAAAAGAUAGCGCAAAAUCGGCGUACGAGCGUCUUCACAGCGCGGCGGAUUUCGAUCUUGGCAAGCCUCGAUGCGAUCGCACGAAACCCAGCCUUUAUUGGCUCGAGAUCGCGAAGGAGAACAAUGGUCACACGGUUCCAAUGACUUCUAAUCACUGGUACGGUCGACCGAACAGAAUCCAAGUCGACUUUCCACAGAAGAAAUUCAAUCGGUCGAGCAAAAUGCUGGAGUUCUACAGUCGGUCCGGCCUCAACCUAAUCAGCGACGAGGACGAACGUCGGCCAAGAGUCUGUUAGGCAAACUUUUUCCUCUCAUUUUUCCUGUAACGAUCGAUCAAACGUUCACCGUUGAAUCGAGGUACGGGGCGAAAGAAAGAAGAAAACAGACAACCAGUUGCGAAACGUUUCAGAAAGCUGCUGGAGUUGAGAAAAAUUAUCGUGAAACUGGUAAUUAUUACAAGGCCUGACGUAUUAUUGGCGCCAGCAAAGUUCCCUCACCGGUGUUUACACGCGGAAAAUCCGCUUUACGCGUCGCGAUGAAUAAAACUAACCGAGAGAUAUAAUUUCGCGAGUCGCGUGCUGCUGUUUGCAUUUAAUCCGCGCCAUAUGACGAUUCGACUGAAAAAUUACUCGCUCGGCGGAGCACUGUUUGUAGAAAGAAAUUAAUUCGUUUGGAAUACAGGACCGUCGACGUGGCUCGUCCAAUUUUUUUUUUUUUUUUUUUUUUUUGGUCGUUUUCGCGUGGAAUGUACUUACAGUUGACACAGUGUACGGGUAAACACGGCCAGCCGAUCGUUCUCUUCAACUACCGCGGAUCGAGUAAAUACGAGCCUGUUCAUACGCGGAAUAACUUUCGUGGGCGACCUCCUCGAGGACAACGUAGCAAUUCAUAAUGGAACACAUGUUACGGUUUCCGUAUGUCGUUAGUAGAGUUCGUGGGGCUGAAUUUAUGGCAAAUACGGAAUUAUUUGCGAACACGGAAUUAUUUUCAAGGAAAAUCGAUCGAUUUGUUUUUUUUUUCUUUUUUAGAAUUGUUGGUCUUGUGCUGAGCGCUGGAGAGGAUUCAAGAAGAGGUUAGAUCUAAAUUAAAAAUAAUUUUAAAUGACUGAAUAUUUUAAGUGGAUCCAAAAUUUUAUAUUGUAAAUAACUUUCAACUCAUAAAUUACCGCUACUUAUAAUUAGUCGUAUUCGCAAGGAAAUGAACUUGUUGUAAAAAUAUUUAAUAAUCCACGUUUCACAAUAGACGUUGUAUUGUAUACCUCCAUAAUAAUCCCAGGAUCCACAUUGCUAAGAAAACUUCGCGGGAAGUUUAACAAUAGGAAAGCCAUUAACGGAGCAACCGCGGAACAGAUAUUCGUGAACUAUUAGGGAAGAGAAGUCUGACUUUAAUACACGAAAAUGUAUGUUUAAUUAGAGAACUCUAAGUGAAGUACGUCGAGUCAAACAAGUUAGAAAUUAUGUUUGAAACGUUAUACGUGUGCUUGCAAGUACUUGUUGGUGUUUGUACUGACAUUAUAUCUUGGGUAUAAAUUAUUACGGAUAAAUAAUAUGUUUCAUAAUUGAGACUAUUGAAAAAGUCACCGUUUAUAUCAGUUUAUGCGCUUCUUAAAUUCCGAUCCCCCAUAUGGACAGACAUUUCCCUAACCCUUGACAUUUCUUUCCCUGUCACGGCGUGUCUGAGUCGAAUCCAGAUUUAGAUACGCGGACUGUGUCGUUAUACAGGACAGUGAACAAGAUUAUAUUCAUGAAAAUGGCGCACAUACACGUUUCUGACAUACCCAACCGAAACUGACUACAACUCGAUGCUCCAAAGUUCCGCCGAGAGCGCCCAUAUAACCCCUUGCUCCGUCAUUACCAUUAAAAUUUCAACAUCUCAAACUUUUCCCGAGUGUUGCCUUAGCACGGUCGCUGUAAUAUUCAAGAAAUAUCAAGAAUCCAUGUCUCGCAGAAUUGGGUCAAA